AUUAAAAACUAAAUUAUGGCACAAAAAGCAGUUCUCGUUACCGGUGGCGCUGGUUAUAUUGGCUCACAUACAGUCAUUGAGCUAUUAAAUGCUGGUCGAGAAGUAGUCAUCUACGAUAACCUUUACAACGCUUCUUAUGAAGCUGUUCGUCGCAUCGAGAAAAUCACUGGAAAAUCAGUUACUUUCUACAAGGCUGAUAUCCUUGAUAAGAAAGCCUUGGUUGAAGUGUUUAACAGACACGAGAUUGACAGUGUCAUUCACUUUGCUGGUUUGAAGGCUGUUGGUGAAUCAACCAAGAUUCCUCUUGAUUACUAUCACAACAAUAUCACUGGUACCAUUGUCUUAUUGCAAGCUAUGAAAGAAUGCAAUGUAAAGAAUAUUGUCUUUUCUUCCUCUGCCACUGUCUAUGGUGAGCCACCUGUCAUUCCUAUUCCCGAAACAAGCCCAACUGAUGCCAAGAGUCCCUAUGGACGCACCAAGCUAUUUAUUGAACACAUUAUCCGCGAUCUCUGUACUGCCGAAAAGGACUGGAACGCUGCCUUACUUAGAUAUUUCAACCCCGUUGGUGCUCAUCCAUCAGGCAUUUUGGGCGAGAACCCUACGGGUGUUCCCAAUAACUUGAUGCCAUUCUUGGCUCAAGUAGCUGUCGGUAAGCGUGAAUACUUGUCUGUCUUUGGAAAAGAUUACCCUACUCGCGAUGGUACAUGUAUCAGAGAUUAUAUCCAUGUUAUCGAUUUAGCCAGAGGACAUUUGGCUGCUCUUAAGAAGCUUGAGGAUAAGCCUGGCUGUGUAGAAUACAAUUUAGGUACAGGUGUUGGUUCUACUGUCUUGGAAAUGAUCAAGGCAUUUAACAAGGCAGUCGGUCGCGAAUUACCUUACAAGCUUGUUGACCGUCGUUCAGGAGAUGUUCCUAACCUUACUGCCGAUCCUGCCAAGGCUAACAAGGAAUUGAAUUGGAAGGCUGAAUUUUCAUUAGAUGAGUCAUGUCAAUCAUUGUGGAACUGGCAAAACAACAACCCUAAUGGUCUUGACGGUUAUCCCGCCGAUGCUCCUGCUGAAACUAUUCUUAACUAUCUUUAAUCCUUAAUUUAAACCAUUUAGAUGCUUCAUAUCCUUCAGUAGAUAACAAUUUAUACUCACAAUUGAAUACUUAAUAAAGCAUUACAUAAUAUCAUUAUUCGUGUGUAGUGUACA